UAUUGGCUGCGCGUCUCUGUCAGUCAUGCGAGCAAUGCCACUCAGGACAGAUUAGGCACCAUUUGCCAUAACUAAAUAGUUACAUUGCACAUCAAGUAGGAAGAAAUAUUUUGAUUGGUGGCCACCGCAGUCGGCGGAGAGUUACUGUUCGUCUUCAUUAAAAAUCAUCUCCAGGCUUUGAAUGCAGCGAAGUGUGAGCUCCGAACAUCCAGUCUUAUCAAACAGAUGUGGAUACACUGCUAGGCAACGUAAUUUGUGUGCAGUGUGAUGAUCUGCUGCUGGGAGACUCUGUCCUACUGGCUAAGAGCUGCCCAGCUGAGGUGAAGGGGAGGGCAGAAGAUCCCAGCGGAGUGUUCAUGACCUGCCCGCAGAAACAAGACCAUGAUCUGAGGACGGUGCUGGAUACAUAGAACCCCAUCUUCCUCUCCUCCUUGUCCCUCUUUUUUUGUUUUUCAGUUUUUUUUUCAGUCUGAACUGAAAAGCCUCUCUGCUCAGGUGCUUUAGACAGUCAGGGUUAACAAAAAGGUCAAAGCAAGUAAGCGUCUACAGAGGAGGAACUACAUCUACAGCCAUCUGUGACCUCACUCAUUUCCAUAUCCUCCCUCCUCCUCCCAUCGCAACGCCAGAACCAUGGGGAGGAAAAAGAUCCAGAUUCAGAGGAUCACUGAUGAACGCAACAGACAGGUGACAUUCACCAAACGGAAGUUCGGUUUGAUGAAGAAGGCGUACGAACUGAGUGUCCUGUGCGACUGCGAGAUCGCUCUCAUCAUCUUCAACCACUCGAACAAGCUGUUUCAGUAUGCCAGCACCGACAUGGACAAGGUCCUGCUCAAGUACACAGAGUACAACGAGCCACACGAGAGCCGGACCAAUGCCGACAUUAUCGAGACGUUGCGAAAGAAAGGCUUUAAUGGCUGCAACAGCCCCGAGCCCGACGGCGACGACUCCAUCGACCAAAGUCCGCUAAACGAUCGCAAGACCGAAGACCUGGACAGCCUCUUCAAACGCUAUGGCGCUCUGAACAAGAAAGAGCACCGGGACUCUGAGAGCCCAGACCCCGAGGAGCCCUUCUCCCUCACCCCCCGCACUGAGGAGAAAUACAAAAAAAUUGACGAGGAGUUUGAUAAAAUGAUGCAGAACUAUAGGCUGUCAUCCACUGUCCCACAGCCCACCUUCCCGAUGCCAGUCACCGUGCCAGUGACCAAUCAGAAUGCAGCGGCGGCCCUGCAGUUCAGCAACAAUCCCGCCGGCGCGCUGGUCACCACCACUUCCUUCGUCACCUCCACCCUCACAGAUCCCCGCCUCUUGUCACCACAGCAACAGCCUCUGCAGAGGAACACCGUGUCGCCAGGGUUACCACAACGACCGGCCAGCGCAGGUGCGAUGUUGGGAGGAGAUUUGGGGAACUCAAACGGAGCGUGCCCGAGUCCAGUUCCUAAUGGCUACAUCAGCGCCAGGGCCUCCCCGGGCCUCCUGUCCGUAUCCAAUGGCAACAGCCUGGGAAAAGUAGUCCCGGCAAAGUCCCCACCUCCACCCAGCCCUCAGUUGGUCAACAGCCGGAAGCCAGACCUGAGGGUCAUCACUUCACAGGGUGGAAAGAGCCUCCUGCAGCUGACAGAGGAAGAGCUGGAGUUGGUGAGUGAGAAUGCUCAGCGACUAGGUAGCUCGCAGGUGACUCAGCCACUUACAACUCCAGUGGUUUCUGUGGCAACACCCAGUCUCCUUGCUCCCUUCCCUGGCAUGCAGACGGCCUACAACACGGAGUACCAGCUGACGAGCGCGGAUCUCACAGCCCUUCAGACUUUCACACCACCAGGGCUGGUGCCUGGCAACAUGGCCGCCUGGCAGCAGCAACCAGUCGUUUCCCAGCAACAACAGCAUCAACAGCAGCAACAGCAGCUGACACUGGCGUCACUCAAUAACUUGGUCUUGGCUUCUCAGUCCAACUUUCUCUUGGGCAGAGAGGAGGGCCUCUGCUGGUCAGUUGGCCCCGUCCCUCAGAGCACCGCACUCACAGUCAACACAAACCCCAAUGUCAACAUCAAAUCAGAACCCGUCUCCCCAAACCGUGACCGCAGCACCCCCAUUUCCACCGGGGGUCCAGUGUUGGGCGCAGGGCCUCAUAUCCAGGGACAAGGUCUGGUGUCCAUCGCCUUCCCUGGCACACAGGGCCGCUCGCCCGUCGACAGCCUCAGCAGCAACGGCUCCUCCUAUGAGGGCAGCGACAGGGACGAUGGUGCCCAGGGUCGAGGCGGGGGGCAAGACUUCCACCACCAGGCGGCAGCCGGAGCACAGCAGUCCGCCAUGGUCCUGCUGCGGCCCUCGUCAGCUGAGCCUCAGGAACAGGAUGGGACAAACGUCAAGAGAGUGAGAUUGGAUACCUGGGUGACAUAAAGGAGAACAGAGGGAUGGACACAUGGAAGGAGGAGAUGUGUACUUGUGGCUUGUGUACAUGCCCCCCACCAGCUCUUGACGCCCCCCAGUUUCCCCCUUUGAAAACCCACACAGAAUUAUACCACCAUUGACCCAGUAACUUACUCUUCAUGCAGGAACGUCAUUCAUGCACAACACAAGCAUGCAAACACUGUCAUGUUGCACAUGUGAACACUGAUGCUCAGUUGUAUGGCGAUGUGCGUUCAUGUUUGUACUUUGAUGUACUCAAAACGUGAAAAGCCCCCAGUGGGUUGAGCCAACGAUCCAGGGAUUACUCAUCAAACGAAUUACCAUGUUGGACUUGAUCCAGCUGCAUUUUUAGUAGGAGUGAGCAAGUACAUUUUCAAUCAGGCAUAAAAUUGGACUUUCUAACUACUUGACAGUUGUUGGCAGACCAGACAAACAAACCGGACUUGUUUCCCAGAAUGCCCCGCAUUCGAUGUAUGAAUGGACCCACUCUUGCAUCCUCACUCUUUUUCCACAGAUGUUGGUAAAACAUGACAGAUUUGUGCUCUGAAAGUGCCACUGAAAACGUCCACAUACGUCUUUUCUACACAUCCGGCCGUCCACAGCUGCGUUGCCAUCUAUUUAGAUUCUUGUUUCUUCGGGCGGUUUUGAACAGAGUCUCGUCCUUCUGUACUUGACUGUCCAGAGUUUAGAUUAAUUUUGGUUUUGGAUUUGAAGACACUAAAAAAAAAAAAAGAAAAACAUGCUUCUCUCCCCGGCCACGCUGGCAGCUCUGUCAACAAUUUGGCGCCUUGGCCCUGAACAUGAAAGUGGACCCUCAGGCCCUUGCUGAAUCAAAACCAUGCAGGCCAGCUAUAAGACGAGGAGCAUUAUAUGUCGCCGAGGUAAAAGACUGCUUUUCUUCGAAUCAGGGAUGAGCUGCAACAGCUCAGUGACAGUCUCAUCGUUCGGCAAACAUCGUGCCGACUACAGAUGCUGAGAAAGUUACGUGUGUUUGGUGUGUGUGUGUUUUUGUGUAUACGGGUUUGUUACCUCAACUGAUUGUUGUUUCUUUCUUUUUAGGAAGUGAUUUGGACAAAUGUUCACUCUGAGUUUUAUCCUUGAACACACAACUGCAAUGCACACAGCUGAAAUUAUUUUUGUGGUAGCUGAUGUUUAAAGUCGGGGAGGGAUGUGUGGCACCGUGUAUAUAAGCAAUCUGUAACCUUUGUGGCUUUUGUGUGGCAGGGAUUAGGUGUUAUGAAGGUUGAAAUAAAUAGGUCAUUUACAAGUAUAUAUUUAAACACCUUCAGGCGGUUGCAUGGGCAACUCCGCAUCUGAGGCUAUGGACUACAGCAAACGACAGGGAUUGUGUAUAUUUAUAUAUAGGUAUAUAUAUAUAAAUAUUAUAUAUUCGGCAGGAUAUCCCUUAACGUAAGAUUUAAAACAAAAAACAAAAAAAAAAACAAAUGUUGAUUCUCAGUGGAUCGGUCAGUCUUUUUUUAAAAAUUAUUUAUGCGUGUAUAUAAAGUGUAAAAUGUGGAUUAGCCAAGAGAGGGCGCUGUAGAGGAAGAAAGUAAAGCAGUGGCGACUCGGACUGUUUAUGAGUGAGCAAUGGACUCUGUCGCUGAUGGAGUGCACUUUACAUUAACUCCCACCUCCGACUCCUUCACACACCUGACCUAUGAGCACACACUGAUCACACGGGGCUGAUACCUGGGCGUGCCGCACCAGACGCAGAAAACAGACAAAUUUCAGUUUAGAACUUUUUAAUUAAAUGAUGUUUUUAGUUUGUUUUUCUAGGAUUUUUGGAUUGCUUCCAAUUUGUGAAAGUGUUCUAUUUAAAAUCAAUUAGGAUCAUGAAAAAUAUUACACCAAUUUUAAAAAAUAACUUUAUUGGGAAAAAAUUGCAUAUUGCUUUAAAGAUUUGUUAAAGGAGCAAAAAUGAAAUUAUACAAUUUCUCUUUGUCACACAUCAGUAGGCGUGGACCAGGCUUAACACAAAUAUCCCCGUUUCUUAACAGAAAUGGAUGAAAAUGUGGUUUAAUUAAUUUUUAUUUAGAAAUCAAAAUCCCACCCAUAUGUAAUGCAUUGGACAUGCAAAUAUAUUAACAUAAUGAUUAUUUUCACAUUUAUUUCUGUAGCUUUAAAUUUAAUCCACAGAUAAAUAUGAGUGACAAAACGGAUAAAAGAAAAAAAAAGUACCUGAUUGAAAAUCGGUGUAAUUUAUUGAUACUUUUAGAAAUAAUAAGACUUCUGCUUUCCCAUCCAGGUCUGAAUUUGCACUCUAUAAUUGACUUAAUAUAUUUUAUGAGGUUCCAUCUUAUUUCAGGCGCAGUCAGGUAGCGAACACAGCUGACUGGCAGCAACUUUAUAAAUUCAAACUGCAGAAUUCGUUGUUAUGAAACCUCUCCUCUUCAAACAAUAAACCAUCAGAACGUAUUCAUUGAAAUGAAAUAUUUCAUCCUUUUCAUUCAACUGAAAAGGUUACUGAGCACAUAUCAAAGUUGCAAUUUCAGCAUUUGUUUUUUUCUGCAUCAGCUGAGAAAUUUUACAGUUGAUUAUGAACAAAACUGAUCAUUAUGUAGUGUUGGUUAUGCAAUUAUCCCCCAACCUUCAAGAAAAACACGCACAUGCGCAAGCAUACAGAUUGAAAAGAUAAGGAUGCUGAGGAAGUCCCUUAGAUCUUUAUUUAAGUUUGAGGUUUGUCUUUCUCUCCUACUAAAAGCCAUGAAUCUACAUUUAGAGGACCUCUCCUUCGCCUGUCACUGGUUGGCUGUAGUUUUAUACUCUGGAGAGUUUUUAAAAAAUCACUUUGAAGGUAAAAGGAUGUGAAGGAGGUCAUUUUUGUAUUCUAUAAAAAUGUCAAAUGGUGAUAUUCGGGUUUAGUGGGUAGAUUUUUAAAGCCGUGAUGGUCAAAAGUGGAAGUUUGUGUAUUUAUUUUUCCUAAAAAGCAUCCAUUUGCUUGUGAAAAGCCCUGGGAGCUGAAUUUGGGUAUCAUUUGAUUUUAAGCCGGAGGGUUCAGAACGGCUCCUGAUCUUUUAAUGACUACCUCCCAAAUCCUACGCAGACUUGUCAACUUUGGGCUUUACCACAUCCAGGCCCUUGUCACCUCCCUCUCACCCCUGUCACUCACUCACCCAAUUGGGGUUUAUGUCCUCUCUGGAGGCUUAAUCUCAAAAUUGCACAAACACACACGGAUACAUCAAUGGUCCAUUGCACACACACACACACACGCUCAUCCUCUAGUUCUCUUCAUCCAGAUAGCGGGUCAUGGCGCUGAGAUGAAGUUGAAUCAUUUUCGGGGUCAGCUCGAUGCCUCGGCCUCAUCACGUUCUGCUCAGUUCAGAAGUAGGUUCUCAUUUUCUUUAUCUCUGUCUGUCACUCUAUCACAGCUGCUGAUCCUCUGUUUGACAAGUGUCAGUGUCAAUAAAGCUUGUCAGAGUGCGUGGCAGAGUGAACAUGCAGUAAAUCCCCAGAGUGUAAACACUUUGACUGUUAAGACUGUUGUGCCCAGAGCUUCGAACAAAAUGAACCAGAAAAGGCAAUUUAAGUCUGAGAGUACCAGGUUUUUUUCCAAAAAGGUAACAAAGAGGCAGCUUUGCGACAGACCCGUAGGCCAACACUAGGGGUCGCUGUUAUCGUAGAAAGACAAUCGUGCUGAUAAAUGGUUCUUUCUCCCUCCCCUUCCCCUGACAAAGCGAUACACGCCUCUGUAUAAUGAUGUCUAGAAGUCUCACUGACUUUCCAGUGUUAACUUGUGCUGGUGACAGUCUGUUUUCUUGUUCUCUACAGAUCGAUAUUAUUACUAUUAUCAUCAUUACCGCAGAAUUCACUGCAGGUAGAUGUCAUGAUGAUAUGGAACUCUUGAGUUUCUUUGUGUAGGUUAGACAUUUUGUUUUAUUUUUUUUUUUAUUUGAUUUUAUUCUAUGAAAAUAUCUUAUAAAUAUGUAUUUCUGUUUUCUCUUUGGGUUUAUUUUUGUUUUGUUUGUUUAAAAAGGGUGUUACUAAUGUUGCACGAUUUUUAUGACCUGACACAACACAAGCGUGGUGAAUUUUAUUUUUUAUUUUUAUUAUUAUUAGUACAAAAGCGAGUGGGCUGCGACAAACCGCUUCUAUGCUGCAGCUUUUGAGUUCAAGAUACGAACUUGUCGGUCCACACAGAGGUGGUGGUGGGGUGGGGGGGCUUUAGGAGGGGCAGCGUGACACGUCUAAUUUAUUUCUGACCAGACACGAUGAUGUCAAUGCAUGGCCAUGUUAAAAACAAGAGAAAGUGAAUCAUGUCGUAGGAAACAAAGUGUAAUAUUGACACAAACACACGUCACACAAGAUGACAUUUAAGAAAAGAAAAAAAAAGAAAUUGAAGUAAAAGUUUUAAGUAAAUUAUAGCUAAUAUAUUGUGUUUGGCUAGUCGGCUUUUUUGUUGUAAAAAUAUUUUUUGUUGUUUUUUUGGAGAAUGAUAUACAAUUUGUGUAUAUUUUCAUAAAUAAAGUAUGCACUGAUA